CGCACUGUUGGACCCAGGUGGAACUAUAGAACUUAGAACCUCUCCGGAAUGUAUUAGUCAUUUAAUUAGUGAUGAAUUGGUUUUAAUGUAUUUAUUCUCUCACAUUUUACUUGGUUCAUUUAUUAGUUCAUAUUUUUCGACAUUUUUCACAGACCUAUAUUUUGGUGUGUUUCAUGGCACAUGUGUGCAGACAGCUGAGUGGGAGCGGGGCCAGCUUUGCAGGCUGGGUAGGUAUCAUCAUCGCCACGGCCACCAACGACUGGGUGCGCACCUGCGACUACACUGUCACCACCUGUGUGCGCAUGGACGAGCUGGGCGCGCGAGGCCUCUGGGCAGAGUGUGUCAUCUCUCCCUCACUCUACCACUGUGUGACGCUCAACCAUAUCCUCACACUGCCAGCAUACAUCCAGACAUGCCGUGCUUUGAUGGUGUGUGCGUGCCUAAUGGGGCUUCCUGCGAUGGGGCUGGUGCUGAUGGCCAUGCCCUGUGUCAGACUCGGAGAUGAGAUCCCAGCUACCAAACUACGCCACGGCAUGGUCGGGGGUGCUCUCACCUUUAUCGUGGCUCUCUGUGGAUUGGUGUCGACCAUCUGGUUUCCUAUUGGUGCUCACGCUGAGGAGGGUCUAAUGUCAUUCGGCAUCUCACUGUACACCGGAUGGGUCGGCUCCGCCCUCUGCCUCCUGGGGAGCUUCAUGAUUUUGUGUUGCUGCGGUGACGACCCCUCGGCAACCCCCCAAAGGCAGCAGAACAGCUACUAUUACUCCAGACAGGCAGGGGGUGCCGACACGCCCAUCAACCUUGACACUACCGCCGUAGUCACAGGCAACCACGCCAAGAGCGCACAUGUGUAAGAAUGUGCAUUUGUGAGAGUUGGAGUUCUAGGCCAACUACAUUGAAGACAUAUGCCAGAUCUAACAACGCCUGCAUAGUUAUUUAACAUACACUAUAUAUACAAAAGUCUGUUAACCCCCCUUCAAUUUAGUGGAUUCGGCAAUUUCAGCCACACCCGUUGCUAACAGGUGUGUAUAAAAUUGAGUACACAGCCAUGCAAUCUCCAUAGACAAACAUUGGCAGUAGAAUGGCCUUACUGAAGAGCUCAGUGACUUUCAACGUGGCACCGCCAUAGGAUGCCCCCUUUCCAACAAGUCAGUUCAUCAAAUUUCUGUCCUACUAGAGCUGCCCCGGGCAACUGUAAGUGCAGUUAUUGUGAAGUGGAAAUGUCUAGGAGUAACAAUGGCUCAGUCGCGAAGUGGUAGGCCACACAAGCUCACAGAACGGGACUGCCAAGUGCUGAAGCGGUUAAAAAUCAUCUGUCCUCGGUUGCAACACUCACUACCGAGUUCCAAACUGCCUCUGGAAGCAACGUCAGUACAAGAACUGUUAGUCUGGGAGCUUCCUGAAAUGGGUUUCCAUGGCCAAGCAGCCGCACACAAUCCUAAGAUCACCAUGUGCAAUGCCAAGCGUCGGCUGGAGUGGUGUAAAGCUCGCCGCCAUUGGACUCUGGAGCAGUGGAAACUCGUUCUCUGGAGUGAUGAAUCACGCUUCACCAUCUGGCAGUCCAAUGGACAAAUCAGGGUUUGGCUGAUGCCAGGAGAACACUACAUGCCCGAACGCCUAGUGCCAACUGUAAAGUUUGGUGGAGGAGGAAUAAUGGUAUGGGGCUGUUUUUCAUGGUUUGGUCUAGGCCCUUUAGUUCCAAAGAAAGGAAAUCUUAAUGCUGCAGCAUACACUGACAUUCUAGACGAUUCUGUGCUUCCAACUUUGUGGCAACAGUUUGGGGAAGGUCCUUUCCUGUGACAGCAUGACAAUGCCCCCAUGCACAAAGCGAGGUCCAUACAGAAAUGGUUGGUCGAGUUCAGUGUGGAAGAACUUAACUGACCUGCACAGAGCCCUGAACUCAACCCCAUCGAACACCUUCGGGAUGAAUUGGAACGCAGACUGCAAGCUAGACCUAAUCACCCAACAACAGUGCCCGACCUAACUAAUGCUCUUGUGGCUGAAUGGAAGCAAGUCCCCACAGCAAUGUUCCAACAUCUAAUGAAUAGCCUUCCCAGAAGAGCGGAGGCUAUUAUAUCAGCGGUUAGAGGGAGAGAGGGGGAUGGAGGGAGAGAGGGGGAAUGUAGGGAGAGAGGGGAUGUAGGGAGAGAGGGGGAUGGAGGAAGAGAGGGAGGAUGUAGGGUAGCCUAGUGGUUAGAGCAUUGGACUAGUAACCGGAAGGUUGCAAAUUCAAGCCCCCAAGCUGACAAGGUACUAAUCUGUCGUUCUGCCCCUGAACAGGCAGUUAACCCACUGUUCCUAGGCCGUCAUUGAAAAUAAGAAUUUGUUCUUAACUGACUUGCCUGGUUAAAUAAAGGUAAAAAAAAAAGGGGGGACCAACUCCAUAUUAAUGCCCAUGAUUUUGGAAGGAAAUGUUUGACGAGCAGGUGUCCACAUAUGUUUGGUCAUGUAGUGUAUCAGCUAACCACAUCAUAUGAUAUUGCAAUCUGGUGCCCAACUGCGCAGUCGAUGACAUGGCACCUAACUAUUGGUUGAAUUCAAUGUAGUCGGGCAGGAACUCGAAUAGAAGGUAACGAAGGGUGUAAACUGCAGAGAAUUUAUAAUCCACCAUCUGGACAUUCACAUGUCUGGCCUGACAUUGACCUCAUCCUGUCGAUGGAGACUUCACAUCCUCUCAGACAGGAAUCUGUCCAGGUUGCACCGUCCUCCUCACCUUUUCCCUUCCUGUUCACUAGAAUUCCACUCUUCAUCUCCACUACUGAUGUUCUGUGUUCUAGUGUUCCAGUGUUGUAGUGUGGUGAGGGACAACAGACAGGCGUUCUCUCCGAAUGAUUCACUUUAUUCAAUGUUUUACUGACAGUUUAUCAGGCAACAGCAAAACACAGAUCACUGUCACUCUUUCUUCAGACAUUACACUCUUCGACAAUAAAUAUUUUCAUUUUUGAAUUAUCAUCUUAUCAAACUCUAAAACUAUUUUCAACCAACUCAUCCAUGCAACACCAGAGGUGUCAGAAUAUGAGGUAUUAUGAGAGCAGGCUUCCUCUAGUAUAAUUGAUUGGUUGAUUGAUUUUAUGCAAAGCCUGUUGGAUGUUAAUAAUGCAGUUUUAAAUAAACAAAUCUGUAUGUUUGUGAUAGUUACACUUUCCAACCAGAAAACUCAAUAUGUAAGAGUAAUCUCUGUAAACGGGAAUAAAGUUUAUUCAUUCACUCCCUCA